AGGCUUCGUGCAGCUCCUGCGCGAGCAUGCGGCGGCCAGGGACGCGGUGGAGGAGGCCUUCCACGCCGCGGCCGCGGGCGCCGCGAGCAUCAAGCCGGCGAGCAGGUGCCGCGUGGCGCUGCAGCAGGCCGCUUGCAAUCAGCUCGGGGUGCAGCUGCCGAAGCCGAAGUGGGACAAGAUCUUCCAGGUUGUCAUGCGGGACAUCAAGGAGCUAGACGCCCAGAAGUGGUCGGAGGUGUGCUCCUUGCUUUUCCGCAUCGUCCGACUGGCCAAGUACGCGAAGCUAUGAUGAUAUACGCUUCCAGUUGGCCAGGCUGUCUCACCGCUCUGGUCUUGAGAGCCUUUGCGGGUGCGCCGAAGUUUUUCUUUGUCUCACCACUUGUUGUUACUCAAUUUAUUUACCUGCCUCUCCCCUUCACUCGAGCACUCUCCCCCACACCCCUCCUCGCCCUACCUGCUGGCCCCUCCCCGCAGGCCGCCGACCCGAUUCGAGGCCAGGUGCUCGGCCAGAGGGGGCGGGGCCGCCAGCGCCGCCCCUGCCCACGCCCCGCCGCGGCCGCCCAGCCGUCUGGCGCCCGCGGCCGUGCCGUGCGACGGGCCGCCAAGUUCUGCCACGUAGCGCAGACCGAGCCAGGGCGGCGGACGUCGCAGGAUGGGGGGGCAUCGCCCAAGGGUGGCUCUGCCAAUGCAGCCCCGGCACUGAGCGUCGACAGCCCGCGCCGCGGUAAAGCCCGCCGGGCAGAAAAGAUGCCAGCGAGGCGG